AUGGCGGUGACCGAUGAUGCCACACAUCGGCAUCCUUCCUACACACAGGAUCAGAAGAGCAAUGAAGUACCACAGCUUACUCCCGUGGUGACAACACUAAAAACAGAACUGCACAUACGUGUGGUCAGCUCUGCCCCUCAGACACAGAACUAUACGCUGCACAUACGUGUGGUCAGCUCUGCCCCUGAGCUGCACGCUCCAUGUGGUCCUGGCUCUGGCAAAGGCACCCAGUGUGAGAAACUGGCAGGGAAAUAUGGAUUCACUCAGCUCUCUACUGGCGAGCUCCUGCGCCAGGAACUGGCCUCCGAGUCAGAGAGAAGCAGACUGAUCCGUGACAUCAUGGAGCGUGGAGACCUGGUGCCCUCGGGCAUCAUCCUGGAGCUGCUAAAGGAGGCCAUGGUGGCCAACCUGGCCAACACCAAGGGCUUCCUGAUUGACGGCUACCCCCGGGAAGUGAAGCAAGGUGAAGAGUUUGGACGAAGGAUUGGAGACCCACACUUGGUGAUCUGCAUGGACUGUUCAGCAGACACCAUGACCAACCGCCUUCUGCAGAGAAGCCGGAGCAGCCAGAGCGGGGAGGACACAGCCAAGACCAUCGCCAAGCGCCUGGAGGCCUACCACCGAGCAUCCAUCCCUGUCAUCGCCUACUACGAGAGAAAAACACAGCUGCGGAAGGUAAACGCAGAGGGAACACCAGAUCAAGUAUUUCUUCAGCUCUGCACAGCUAUUGACUCUGUUUUCUGAAGAAAAUGUGUAACUGUUAA